CUGUCACAUCGCCGAAGCAACGGUGAAGAGAACUAAUACCACAACAUUUCCGACUUUGGGACCAGGUCACCUUGUUGUCUACCUAAAAGCAAAUUUAGGAAAUGUACAAUGCUCUUCACAUGGUGCACAUCAGCAGCGACUGCAAAGACCACGGGAAAAGAACACUGUAGGAUUUAAUUAUUUAUAACUACAAAAAGUUCCGGCGGUCUUCGUAUCGGUAACUGUCAAGCAACCAGAACUCUUAUUUGGAACCAAGUGCUACUUCUGCAAAAUCCAUUACAACAAAACACGCGGAAUUAUCAAUUCCACAAACUUGAAAGCGAACAAAACAAAAAUGAAGCUGGAUGAAAUCAUCCCACUGUUGGGCAACUUCGGCCGGUAUCAAUUCUUCGUGGCCAGCUGUUUCUGCAUCAUCAAUAUCCUGAGCUGCUUGACCACGCUGUCCAACGUGUUCUUCGCGGCCGGGACGGACCACUGGUGUAAAGUCCUCCCCGACGAAAGCUGCGUAGACUGGGCGGAAUUUCAAGACAACUGCACCGAAGUCAAGAAAUCCAUAUUCCUGCUUCCACCGGAGAAAGAACAGAGCAAGUACAUGUAUUCAAAUUGCGAGCAAUGGACACCUCCGAUUGGCUACACUUUUAACCCGUAUGUGACAUAUGGUGACGUCAUCGAUGAUUUUAAUUUUACAAAGACUGGCUGCGUGGAUGGGUGGGAGUAUGACACGUCACAGUACAUAACCACGACCGUAUCAGAGUUCAAUCUAGUUUGUGAAGAGAAGAAUUGGCCUGGCUUAGCGCAGUCUCUCUACUUCGUUGGUUUCCUCGUUGGAUCAGUGGUCUUCGGCACUCUCUCUGACUGGAUCGGUCGUAAGAAAACAGCAAUCAUCGGAACGGUGUUCUGGUCGGUCGGAAGCAUCACUACGUCAUACUCUACCAAUAUCUAUAUGUUCACUGCUUUCCGAUUCAUCGCUGCCUUUGGUAACAUUGGGACGUAUAUCUCAUUGUACAUAUUGGUUCUGGAAGUUAUUGGAAAAUCAUGGCGCACAGCAUUCACCAUGGUCUGUGGCAUUUUCUUUGCUUUUGGUUAUUUCAUCUUGGCAACUUCUGCUAUGUACGUCAGAGAAUGGCGCCACCUAUCGCUCGUGGCAUCUUUGCCCGUAGCCAUUGUAUUUAUCCCACUGCCAUUUAUGAAGGAGUCCAUCAGUUGGUUGGUUUCCAAAGGGAAGAUUGAAGAAGCGGAGGAGACCAUCCGAAGAAUUGCAAAGUUCAACAAGAAGACUCUUCCAGAUGUCUUAUUCACCAAGGAGGACAUCCAAGAACAAACGGAUGCAAGUAAUUCGGCCGUUCCCCCAUCGGUCAUUGACCUUUACAGAACACCCAACAUGGCGGCCAAGACGAUUAAUCUUCAGUACAACUGGGUGGUCAACAGUCUUAUCUACUACGGGCUGUCUCAGAGCACCGGGGAUCUGGGCGUGGAUGACUACUGGGCGUUCUUCGUGUCAGGUGCGGUCGAGAUACCGGCUAUGAUUUACGCGGCAAUUGCCGUGGAAAAAUUUGGCCGAAAAUGGAACACCGGUAUCUUGGAGCUAAUUGGCGGUGUUGCCUGUCUGGCAACUAUUUUUAUGUCCGUUGGUAUUUGGCGUACUGCUGUCUCGAUGCUCGGCAAGUUCUGCAUCUCUGCAACGUACAGCAUCAUCUACCUGUACUCGACGGAGAUCUUUCCAACGCCAGUCAGGGCUGUUGGCUUAGGUGUGUGCUCCGUGGCCGCCCGUGUCGGCGGGAUUCUGUCCCCGGUCAUCCUUCUACUUGGAGACGUAUUUGAGUCACUGCCGUUGGUUCUGUUCGGUUCCAGUGCGGUCCUAGCCGGGUUGCUGGUGUUUCUAUUGCCCGAGACCCGAGGUCAACAACUUCCUCAGACGCUCAGAGAAGGAGAAGAGUUUGGAAAAUGUCAGUGCAUGCGGAAAAGUCCUGAUGACCAAAUUGCCAUCAUCGACAUGAAAGAGGGCGCUGUCACUGACAAGAAAGAGGGCGCUGUCACCGCAAGCCUUUGAUUAAACACUGUUAUGUAAUGCAUUAAAAGCGAACCUUAGCAAUUAUUUUAGAACUGAGUUCAAAAGUCUGUAUGCAGGCUUGUAAAUAAUAGUAGACAUUUCUUUAGUACUGAUGUUUUAACAGUUAUUGUACACAACCCGUCCAGCAACUUUGCAACAAAAAAAAAAAGAAAAAAAAAAAGGCAAAGUAUACCUUUUGUUUUUUGGAACCGUUUGAAUGUUUUAAUCCUAUUGUCUCAACCCAAUUUGCUUUGUCUAUAAUUUUAACGUUUUAUUGUACACUAUUUUGGUAAAUUCAGUGUAUUUUUACCUAUGGCAACUAAAUUUAAUGUGUUUAAUAAACCACGAACAAUAAAUGUUUUUAUCCAAUGACGGAUUAGUGUAUUCCUAUCCUGCGUCGAAAUAAUAACCGCUCCGGAUUUUCGGGUUUAUAUUAAAAACACUACGACCUUUAGAAAUUAAAUAAGGGUACGUUAUAGCUAUAUUUAAAACAAUCGAACGGUUACAAAAACCAAAAGCACGUGCCCCUUUAAGAACAUUUUGAGUUUCUAAGCAGAAUACUCAUUUCAAGCCAAACAUUUUGAUACAAUUUUUGUUUUAAACUUCCGAUCCAACUUUUUAUGGCUAAAGUCCAA